CGUAAGGAAGUCCUAUGAUCGUCAUCUUAGCUGUAGCGACAGGCAAGUCGGCCCCUAUCUAACAAACACAGAAAGUUUGUGGUGGUUGCUUUAGAACAACACAUGGUACGAUAAUUUCCAGGUCUCUCUCUCUCCGUUCGGUAUCGAGGCAUUCCUAUGAACGCAAACCUGGACGCUGUCAGAUUCGGAAAACACGCUAUGAAUGAGCAGGAUCCCUACCUUCCUGCCCAAGGAUCAUUCUUAGACAUGGACGCUCUUCACUGGAUGGGAAUGGACAAUCUGAAUUUCUCACCUGUGUCUCAUCCAAAUGGUUCACUGAAGAUUGCUGAUGGGCCUUACCUCGAAAUAACAGAGCAGCCCAAACAGAGGGGGUUCCGGUUUCGCUAUGGCUGCGAGGGCCCAUCCCAUGGUGGGCUCCCAGGGGCAUACAGCAAGAAGAACAGGAAAUCCUACCCGCAAGUGAAGGUGUGUAACUACCAGGGUCCGGCACGCAUAGUGGUACAGCUGGUCACCUCCACAAAGGACGUCCACCUCCACGCCCACAGCCUUGUGGGUAAGCAGUGUGAGAAAGGCGUCUGCAUCAUCGACCUCCAGGCCAAAGAUGCCAGCAUCAGUUUCCCAAAUUUGGGAAUCCUCCACGUAACAAGGAAGAACGUGAGCAAGACUCUGGAGGAGCGAAUGAUCGAGGCCUUUCGCAUGGGCUACAACCACGGCUUGUCCAUCCACCCCGAAAUCGACAUGCUGCAAGGAGAGGCUCGCCUACCGAGAGAAAUCACAGACCACCAGAGGGAUUUGAUUGCCAAUGCAGCUCUGACCCACUCUAAGGCGAUGGAUCUCAGUGUGGUUCACCUCAUGUUCACGGCCUUCCUGCCCGACAGUGAUGGGGCCUUCACCCGACGGCUGGAUCCCAUCAUCUCUGACCCCAUCUACGACAGCAAGGCCCCCAACGCCUCCAACCUGAAGAUCGUGAGGAUGGACCGGACUGCAGGAUGCGUCACGGGGGGUGAGGAGGUCUACCUCCUCUGUGACAAGGUCCAGAAAGACGACAUUCAGGUGCGUUUCUACAAAGAAGAUGAGUCCGGGCGGACGUGGGAGGCAUUUGGUGACUUUUCGCCAACAGAUGUCCACCGGCAGUUUGCCAUCGUUUUCAAGACCCCCAAAUACCAAGAUCUUCAACUUCAGAAGCCCACCUCUGUCUUUGUGCAACUCAAGAGAAAGUCAGACAACGAGACCAGUGAACCAAAACCCUUCACCUACCACCCACAGAUUAUCGACAAAGAGGAGGUACAGAGGAAGAGGCAGAAGACCCUUCCCAACUUUCAGGACUUUGGCCACCCUGGAACAGGAGGGGGCGGGGGCAUGUACAGAGGAGGUGGGGCUGGUCCUUCAGCAGAAGGAGGUCCUGGCACUGGAGGAGGUUUGUCCUUCUACCAGAAUUUUUCCACCUACAACAGUUAUGGAACUGACUAUUUUUCCCAUGGAACCAAUGGGGGUGGGGCUGGAGGUGUCGUUGGCAUGAUGCAUGCCUCUCAGAGGGACAGCUGUAAGCUUCAGCGUGACAGUGAAGAUGAAGGAGUUGUCACGGGGGUCACCCCGUUGAACAUGGCUUAUGACAUUCAGAAUGGGAAACAGUGGCUGUGUGAUGGCAGCAUCGCCACGACGACCCCUCAAGGCCCAUCCUUCUUUCAGAUGAUGACUGUGAAGGACAUGAUUAAGGUGGAGGGAGACAGCAGGUCUGACAGUCUCAGUGUUUUGGGGGCCCUUUGUGGCCCCCCAGCGCAGGUCCAGGGCCAUGAGUGCAGUUCAUUGCUACAAGGGGCGGUAUAAUACCCCUAUGUCCCGGGAACGACACAUCGAGGGUGCACAUCAUCUUCCUUUCCAUAGACCUUCCCCAUACCUGGACCUAGCACCUUUCACAGGAAUACAUACAUUGUAUCGUCUUUUCAUCUCAAUGGCAAAGCUACUGGGGUGAGGAUCAUCUUACAAAGAAUCCAACUUGGAACACUCUCACCUGAAAGGGCACAAACUUUAUCUGUCUAUAUUGAAUCCAGGGAAGAUGGCCAUUUAGUUUAAGACGCACAGGUACAUCCAGCCUGCAAUUAUGGGAAACAGGAAAACUUCUGAGAUUUAUUUUUUAAGAAUCGAACUUUUUUUUAAAUGCGUUUCAGCGAUUUCCUUCUAGAAAUGGAGUAUAUUGUACAAGAAUGUCUUAAAAAUUGAAUUGUGUGUUCGAUUCAAGGAAGAGUAAGUCGGUGUGUUUCGAAGAUGGCAGGCGGUGCUCUAAGACGCUCUUGAUAGUCUUAGAUCAACGUUCUGCUUAAAGCCAUCACGAAGAUGAUGAAGCUGAUGGCAAAGAUUUACCCGACUUUUGUGUUUUAUAAGCACUGGAAAAAUAUUUUUUCCAAUAGCAUGCUUUGCUUUAAUUUCCUGUUAGGAUUUUGGUUUAUUGUACUUAUUUUGUCUGUGACAUUACAUUUUAGAGCUGUAUUUGUGAAAAUAGUUUUUAAAUCUAUUGAAUAAUGUAAGUUAUUACAAUAACUGUGUUAUAGCUGUAAAAGACUUGCAUUAUCUUGAAGAUCGCAGGUCUUAACAUUAAAUGAUUGUCUGCCUACUAAAAAAUGUCUGGUGAAACUAUUAAAGGGACAGUUCACCCAGAAAUUAAAUGAAAGUAUGUUUCCACUUACCCAGAGAACUAUCUAUUCAUCCGGAUAUUUUUGUUGAGAUUUGAGCUCAAUGCGCUGAAAAUUUACAUUUGGAAAAACUCAACAGCAAUGUUUAUUUCCAAAUAUGAUGCCACGGUCACUCACAAACAUCCACAGAGCUUAAUUUGUGCACGGUUUCAUGCAGUACUACUUCUUAUAAGGAAGUACGUCAACUGUGUCUAUCCGAGCAAAGUCUCGUGCAGGCGGACUAGUAUGAAACUUGAGUGGUGGUGACAUGACGUUGGUGGAAUUCUAGUCCACCUGCACAAGACUUCAUUAGAAGUAGUAGUUCUCAAAGCUGUGCACAUAUUAAGCUCUAUAGAUCAAACAAAUCAUAAACAUGAGUGAGGUAGCAUAUCCAAAAAUAAUGAAAACAAAUACAAAUUCCUUACUUUUAACUAUUUAUUAUUAGGCACACAUUAGAAUAACGCUGAUGCGUUUUGGCAUUACUGCCUUCAUCAGAGCAUCUAGUAAAGAUGAGUACGAGGUCAGUUCAUAUAACAAAAGGAACAGUUGUGAGCACACUUUUCAACACCUGUUCCUUUUGUUAUAUAAACUGACCUCGUACUCAUUUUUACUAGAUGCUCUGAUGAAGGCAGUAAUGCCGAAACGCAUCAGCGUUAUUCUAAUGUGUGCCUAAUAAUAAAGGAAUCUGUAUUUGUUUUCAUAAUUUUUGGAUGUGCUACCUCACUCAUGUUUAUGAGUUGUUUGAUCAGUUUAUGUAUAUUUCGGCCCAGCACUCCUCUUCAUUUUGCUGGUUGAGGCGCACUUUUUCCUACCUCCAAUAUAAGCUCUAUGGAUAUUCCGUAACCAUAGCGUAUUUGGAAAUACGUGUUGCAGUCAAGUUUUUCUGAAUCUAACUUUUCAUUGCAUUGAGCACCACAAAAAUAUGGGUAUAUAGACGUCCAUUGUAUCAAGGUGAGCUGCAUCCAGAAAACUCAUCAAAUCUCAGUGAAACUAUCUGGAUGGAUAAGUGGAAAUACACUUUCAUUUUUCGGUCAACUGCCCCUUUACGUAUGUGGUACGUUGACUGUCAUUCUCUGCACUGCAAAAAUGCACAUUGAUGCAUUAAAAGUAGCCUGUCAAACAGUGCAAAUAUUGUAUACCAAAGACUGACUUGGUCUCAAGUAUAUCUGUCACUUUCUCUCAAAUUCAAAAACAUAAUGGUGCCUCAAGUUCUGAUCUGUUAUUUCCUGAUCUUAUAGCCAGGAUAGUCAUUUUUAUGCUAGGAUGUAAAGACAUUGGAGAGAAAAUAUAACACCAAAUUUACAGUUUAUUUCUUUUAGAUAUAUUAAAUGGGAUCUUUACAAAUGUGUUGAGCAGAAUAUGCUAAACAGCGCACUUUUGUGUAUUUUGUUAUUUCAGUACAUUUGAAAUUAAAAUUAGUUACGAAUGUACAGCAAAGUGCGUUCCUGUCGUCAGUAUAAAAUCGCUACAUCCGCCAGAGGCUCUGGGUACAGCACUUACGUGCAGUGUAGUAAUGCACGCUACGCGUUGAAUGAAAGUCACAACCAUGCCAGCACCAGCCAGCAAUAUUGCCUACAGCAUCACUCCAGAAGGGAGGAUUUUAUUUUGCAAGGUACUCCAGUUCUCAUUUCUCAACAGCCUUUUUUUUUUCUUUUUUUUUUUUUUUGAUCUGGCACCAGUGAUCUGCCUAAGCCUGUUGCAGCAGAUGCUGACGUUAGGAUAAGGACAUAAGGACAAAAAGCAGUGGGAAAAGCAGUUGUUGUCUGACUUAAGAAAUAUUGGAGAAUCUUAGCCCUCACAGAGGACAUUGCAGUGUUGCUGAGACAGGCCUACAUGUACAAUUCAGCUUUCCCAAAAUGUCCCGUAUAGGUACGCCAUCUAGCUGCCAGCUAGAGGUAUUUGGCCAAGUUUACCGUUGCUUUCAUUUCAGAAGAAAUACAAAAAAAAAGGAAAUUACCCAGUUUUUUUCACAGAACUGCAACAGGCUGCCACAUUCAAGACAUCCAACUUUGCUUGUUUUUAGCUAAACUGAUUGUGCCUGCUCUGGUAGGCGUUUCCAACAUGUGUGCCAGUAUCUUUUUUCUCUGUACAUAUUCAGACAGACUGUUGAAGAGGUUUGAUUUAUACUUUUAUAAUAAAAUUGUGGAAAUGAAUGUCCAUAGUUACUGUA